AUGGCGUUUCCUCGCUUUUCUUUGGAACUGUACAUCAUUGCUGUUGUUGUCAUUUGUGUGUUCAGUCUUAUACAACUUCUUAGAAACCCAACUUUGACUCGCCCGAGUUUAUCGCUGCUUCCAAAGCCGGACUAUGGUGUAAACAUCAGCCCUCCGGAUCCCGCUCAAUCCGAAAAUCGGCAUUUGGACCAAGCACAAUGCAUGGAAAGAUAUCCGAAACUGUAUCAUGAAGCCGAUAGAGCACGGAAGUGGUAUCAGAGCAAAGGAGGGAUUACUAAGGCUAUGGUAGACCUGUCAGAGACCGAUGGAGGAAACGCUAGACUCGUUAUUUUGAAUAAUCGACUUUAUGUCAAAGGAUUCUAUGGGGGCAUCAAUACUCGUACCCAGGCUGCGAUGGCUGCUGUUUAUGGUGCUCUAUUGACAAGCACUGAACCGUUGCCCGAUAUUGACUUUGUCAUUCAGACAUCCGAUGCUGGGUCAGGCUCGCAUCCACGAUUUGCCCUUGAUCGCGAGGAGGGUCAAAGGAAUCUGUGGUUGAUGCCAGAUUUCGGAUUCUUCUCUUGGCCAGAGCCGGGAGUUGGCGCUUACUCCGAGGUAAGAAGCAAGGCUCUUGAAUAUGAGCACACUUUAGGUCUACGUUUGGACAAUCAUCUCAACGUUCUACAUGAUAGCUGGGAGAACAAAACUCAAAAGCUGUUUUGGCGCGGUGCACCAAUGGUGGAAGUCAGGCAUGAUCUCCUCCGAGCCAGCAAGGAUCAAUCUUGGGCUGAUGUAAAGGAGUUGAAUUGGGGAGCCGUCAAUCAAGAUGAGGAUGAACGGAAGCAGAACAAUGGUGAUCUUAGAACUCCCGCGGAACACUGUCAGUAUGCGUUCUUAGCGCAAGUGGAAGGAUGGGCAUAUAGUGGUCGAUUGAAAUAUCUCCAACAAUGUCGCUCGGUUAUCGUCGCUCACCCUCUUCGUUAUAUCCAACAUUACCACCAUUUGUUCAAUGUUAGGGAUGACGAUCCCGAUCAGAACAUGGUAGAGGUCCCUUUACCUCUUGAGGAGAAUCUGGCGGAGGUAAUGGAAGGUUUGAUAGAUCCGCGAAACGUGGAGAAAGUUCGCCGGAUAGCGGAUAAUAGUUGGAAAAUGAUGAGAGAGGGAUACAUCAGCCCAGCCGCGAACGAUUGCUACUAUCGAUAUGCGCUCAGAGCCUACGCCUCAGUGCAGACUUUCCAACCUUCGCUAGAGGGUAAAGCAGUACCCUAUGAAAGUUUUGUGCUGAUGGGGACCACUCAUUGGGAUCCUCACUAA